UCUACAGUGUCCUGUUUGUUUUGUUGGGGUUCGAAGGAUUCCCACCUAUUUCCCCAAACGCAAAGCACUAAAGAGAGAAAGUGAAGUUUAGAGAGAAAAAAGAAGGAAACCUACAGAGGAAAUUUCUAGAGAGAGAAACACCCAAAACCCGCCGGAAAAUGCCCUUUCCUUUCUCUCCGGCUUUUCCAUUUCUACCGCCCAAAACUUAGGAGCUCAGUAAAUGCAGCAAUGAAGAUAUAGAAACAGCAGCCACACAGAGAGAGUAUUUUAUGUGCCAAAAAUGCGUGAGGGACGUCUUGUUGAUGAGCAGAGUGACGUCGUUUCCAGUGCUAAGAAGAAGAAAUCAGGAGAAGGGGACAGGGUAGAUAAGGUUCUAGUUCUAGUGGCGGACAAGGAUAGCUCAAAAUCGCAUCCACUGGUUGUAUCUCGUCCGCCGCAACCUAUAGUCGUUAACCGUGCUCGAUCCCAGUCCGCCAACCGCAGAGUCACGCCCACCAACACUAUUGCCACCGCACAAGUCGAUAACGGCUUCUCCACUGCUGUGGAGAAGCUUCUCCCCAACGGUGAUCUCUACAUCGGGUCAUUCUCGGGAAACGCGCCGCACGGAUCGGGGAAGUACCUCUGGACUGACGGGUGCAUGUACGAAGGAGAGUGGCGCCGGGGAAAAGCAUCGGGUAAGGGGAAGUUCUCUUGGCCGUCAGGUGCUACAUUUGAAGGAGAAUUCAAGUCGGGUCGGAUGGAAGGGUUCGGUACAUUUAUCGGAUCCGACGGAGACACCUACCGUGGAUCCUGGAGCUCCGAUCGUAAACAUGGGUACGGCCAGAAACGGUACGCCAAUGGGGAUUUCUACGAGGGAACGUGGAAGAAGAAUCUCCAGGACGGGAAGGGAAGAUACGUGUGGAAAAAUGGGAAUGUGUACGACGGUGAAUGGAAAAAUGGUGUCAUUUCAGGGAGAGGGGUUUUGAUGUGGGCGAAUGGAAAUCGCUACGAUGGGCAAUGGGAAAAUGGAGUACCAAAGGGAAAUGGUAUUUUUACAUGGCCAGAUAGGAGUUGUUAUAUCGGUACCUGGAACAGCAAUAAAGAUACUCAGGAAUUGAAUGGGACUUUCUAUCCUGGGAAUGGCAAGGAACAUGGCUUGAAAGGGAGCGAGAGCGAUUUAGUCUUGCCGGCCACGGUGACGAGGAAGAGAUCGUCGGUGGAUGGGGCCAGAGGUAGUAACAUGAAUUUUCCGAGGAUAUGCAUAUGGGAGAGUGACGGUGAGGCUGGGGAUAUUACUUGUGAUAUUAUUGAUACUGUCGAGGCUUCUAUGAUUUAUAGGGAUGGGUUGGAUCGGGAUGGGAUUCGGCAAUUUCGAAGAGGGUCGUGUUGUUUUAAUGGUGCAGAGGUGAAGAAGCCUGGAGAGACGAUUUCUAAAGGGCAUAAAAACUACGAUUUGAUGCUUAAUCUGCAAUUGGGUAUCCGGUAUUCUGUUGGGAAGCAUGCCCAGAUACGUAGGGACCUGAAGCCCAGCGAUUUUGAUCCGAAGGAAAAGUUCUGGACGAGGUUUCCGCCGGAAGGAUCAAAGACUACACCUCCGCAUCAGUCCGUGGAGUUUCGGUGGAAGGAUUACUGUCCCGUGGUCUUUAGGCAUUUGAGGGAGCAUUUCCAAAUUGAUACUGCUGAUUACAUGCUAGCCAUCUGUGGAAAUGAUGCCCUCAGAGAACUGUCUUCUCCAGGAAAGAGUGGAAGCUUCUUUUACCUUACUCAGGAUGACAGAUUUAUGAUCAAAACAGUAAAGAAAUCAGAAGUCAAGGUGCUAAUAAGGAUGCUUCCCAGUUAUUACCAGCAUGUUUGUCGGUAUGAGAAGUCACUGGUGACCAAGUUCUUCGGUGUGCAUUGUGUUAAACCAAUUGGGGGACAGAAGACCCGUUUCAUUGUGAUGGGCAAUUUGUUCUGCUCUGAGUAUAGAAUACAUAGGAGAUUUGACCUAAAAGGAUCCUCCCAUGGCCGCACAACAGAUAAGCCUGAGGGUGAGAUUGAUGAAACCACAACUCUGAAGGACCUGGAUCUCAAUUUUAUGUUUCGUCUUCAACGAAAUUGGUACCAGGAGCUUAUUAAGCAAAUUAAUAGAGAUUGUGAAUUUUUGGAAGCUGAGAGAAUUAUGGAUUAUAGUCUAUUGGUUGGCCUUCACUUCCGUGAUGAUAGUACUUGUGACAAAAUGGGGUUGUCACCAUUUAUUUUGCGCUCUGGGAAUAAGGAUUCUUAUCAAAAUGAAAAGUUCAUGCGUGGCUGCCGCUUCCUUGAGGCAGAGCUACAGGACAGAGAUAGGAUUUUAUCUGGCCGGAAAUCUCUGAUAAGGUUAGGAGCAAACAUGCCGGCAAGAGCAGAAAGGAUGGCUCGGAGGAGUGAUUUUGAUCAGUACACCCCUGGUGGGAUUAGCCAUUUGACCCCUUCUAGAAGCGGUGAGAUAUAUGAAGUAGUCCUUUAUUUUGGGAUCAUUGAUAUCUUACAAGACUAUGAUAUUAGCAAGAAGUUGGAGCAUGCCUACAAAUCCUUACAAGCUGAUCCUACCUCAAUUUCGGCUGUGGAUCCAAAACACUAUUCAAAGAGAUUCAGGGAUUUCCUUGGGAGAAUAUUUGUAGAAGAAAGGUAGCAACAGGAAUGAAGUUGCAAUUAGAAACUUGUCCGUUACAAAAAAGAAAGUGAUUUUGCUUGAAUCUGAGUGCUCCCUUUCAAGGACUACACUGUAAAUGGCAAUAGAUUGAGCAAUUAAUUUAUCGGGCUGAUAUCAAGCCACUGCAGAUGUGGUAGGAAGAGCUCUCAGUAGGUUUCUGAGGGUGUACUGGCUGAAUUUUGAAGAUCAGCUGCAGCUGGGAAUAUAUUUUUGUAAUACCAAGGGAUGUGAAUUAUGAAGAUUCAAAAGUUAGCUAGCUACAGGGAACAGGGAAAAUAUUUCUCUGAUAGAAAGAAGAUUCAGGAGGAGACUUGGAAUAAGAAAGUGUACAGCUUAAUAGAAGAGAUAGGCAGCUGAUGGAAUUUCGUGAAUUUUUUUUUCGUUUGGCGAGACUUUCGAAAAGAGAGAUGUUUGAAUCACCUUACAGGAGAGGAGAGCCAUGGGAUUUCUCUCUCUUUCUGUCCUUUUCCAACAGUUGUAUAUAAAUGGGGGACUCUGUUGUAUAGAAAUGGGGUCAUUGCUUUGCUUUUUACAGCGAAAGGGGAGGCGUUGGGCAGGAAGAGUUGAAACAUGAAAAGCAGAGAAAGCAAGAGAAAGAGGCGCUGAUAUUUCUUCUUCUUUCUUUACUUUGUUUACCAUCUCUCUAUUUCUUUAUUCUUAUUGUUUUUUUUUUUUUUACUUGUUUCUUGGAAUAGAAUAUUUAAACGAGAAAUUGACUAGUAACGCAUUUCUACUGUUAUCUUUGCCUUUGGAAAACUGAGGGUAAUUUGGUAAACCCAUAAAUGGGGUUUUAACUGAAGAGGUCCAAAUGAUGAAGAUUAUAUUGCUUGCUUUUGGGACCUUCCAUCAUCUGGUUGCUCAAUCAGUGGCGCUGGUAUUUGGGGCAAUUUCUCAUUCGCCUUGGAUCUACCUUUGAUAGUGACUUUCUUCUAGUUUUCUAAGAAAUACUGCGUGUAGAUCUGAUCUUCUAUUCUAUUGAAAUUGUUGUUUAUAUUUUA